UGGAAAAAAUGACAAAUGGGGAUUUCUAUUGGCGAAAGAGGUAUUUCUAUUCAAGUUUCGCGGCAACAUCUCUUCACAUUUUCUUUCCCUAAUUCUAUCUUUCUCUUAUCUUUUUUUUUUCUUCUCUCUCUAAAACCCUUGGUUUCAAAUUUCUCAAUCGAUCUCUCUCUCUCUCUUUUUGAAAGUAAAAGGCUCCUGCUUUCCGGACUACUGCGUUUCGCUUUCUAUGCGUUUAGUCCUUCUCCAAGUCACGUAACUGAGAAACACCUGCAGAUGGCACCGGCGGUUAGGAAGUCGAGGAGUGUGAACAAGCGUUUCACCAACGAACCCUCGCCGAGAAAGGAUGCUGGGAGCUCCAGAAAAAAUAAGCAGCGUAAGACGAAAUUUUCUGAUAAACUGGGACCUCAGUGGACUAAAGCAGAGCUUGAGCGUUUCUAUGACUACUACCGAAAGUACGGACAGGACUGGAGAAAGGUGGCUGCUGCUAUUCGGAAUAGCAGGUCUGUUGACAUGGUGGAAGCUCUUUUUAACAUGAAUAAGGCUUAUUUAUCUCUUCCGGAAGGAACUGCCUCUGUAGCUGGCCUUAUUGCUAUGAUGACCGAUCAUUACACUGUCAUGGAAGGGAGUGGCAGUGAAGGAGAAGGCCAUGAUGUACCAGAAGCACCGAGGAAACAGCAAAAGCGCAAACGCCCAAAACCUCAGCUUAGUGAUUCUCGAGAGGAAGAUGAUACGCAACAUCCCGUUGCUUCAACUGAUGGAUGUCUCAAGUUUUUGAAACAAGCACGAGCUAAUGGAACUCAUCGACGUGCCACUGGCAAACGUACACCUCGGGUUCCUGUACAGACUUCACGGGAUGAUGGGGAAGGCGCUACUCCACGAAAUAAAAGAGCCAGAAAGCAACUUGAUGCCAAUGAUGAUGUUGCUGCACAUUUUUUAGGAUUGACGUUAACAGACGCAUCCAGAAGGGAAGGGUCUCCACAAGUGUCUGAAUCACCUAAUAAAAGAACAGAACCCAGCGACAACUCGCCAAUAAAGAGCUGGGGGAAAAUGUCGCGAACGAGGAAAGCUAGCCGAGAAAAGAAGCUUGAAUCUGAUAGAGAGGAUGUGGAAGGAGUUGGCGAAAUGGAGGCUCCACGGAAGGUUAAAAGGGUCUACAAGAAAAGAGUCAAAGUCGAAGAAGCCGAGUGUAAUGAUUCUGAUGACAACGGUGGGGCAUGCAGUGCCACUGAGGGGAGCAGGAUUAAAUCAAAGAGACGAAAGGCAGGUGUUGGUGCCUCAAGAGGGACAUAUUCACCGCGCAGCCCAAAAGAAAAGGACAACAAAUUUACUUCCGGAGAUGAAUUUGAUGCUCUGCAAGCCUUAGCUGAUUUGUCAGCUUCAUUGCUUCCGGGAGCUUUGAUGGAAUCAGAAUCUUCUGCUCAGUUGAAGGAAGAGAGAAUAGAAAACGACAUGGACGAGAAAUCUAGCUCACCAGAUGAUAGUCAUGGGGAAAAAGCAGAUUCAGAACCAGAUGAUAGUCUCCUUCAUGCAAUUUCUGCUAUUGGGAACGUUGCUUACAGUAGAAAACCAAAAUCUUCAAGGCAACUAUCCACUGAUUGUAACGCUGUUCCCACGGAGAAGCCUGAACCGGAGCCUACUAGUGGCAGUUCAAAAAGAAAACGGAAACCAAAGAAGCUAUGGGAUGAAACUCCACAUGAAUCUACUCGGAAGAAAUCCACAAACAAGCAGAAGGAAUUGGCUCAAGAAGACGUUAAUAUGAAGUCUUCGCUUAGAACUAAACGCUCUGGUCAAGUCCUCCCCCCACAGUCAAAACAGUUGAAAGUUGCUAAGGAGUUGGAGGAAGCUACUACAACGAGCGAUAAGAAAAGAUCUGCGAUGGAUGUAGUAGAAGUGGCAACAACUAAAGAAGUUUCUGAUUCGGGUCCAGCCAGUUUACCGCAGAAGCCUCCUAACAGGCGUAAGAUGAGUCUGAAGAAAAGCUUACAGGAAAGGGAUAAUAAAUCUUCUGAAACCAUUCAUAAAGCUUCUCGUAGCUCAAGAUCUCUUUCAGAACAUGAGUUGCUAUUAAAGGAUAAGCUUUCUACUUCCCUAUCGCAUCCCUUGGCACGUCGAAGGUGCAUGUUCGAAUGGUUUUAUAGUGCCAUCGACCAUCCCUGGUUUGCAAAGAUGGAGUUUGUCGAUUACCUAAAUCACGUAGGACUUGGUCACAUUCCUAGACUUACUCGUCUUGAGUGGAGCGUCAUUAAAAGCUCUCUUGGUAGACCGCGAAGAUUCUCCGAGAGAUUUUUACAGGAGGAGAGGGAGAAACUCAAACAGUACCGUGAGUCUGUGAGAAAGCAUUACACAGAGCUUCGAACAGGUGCAAGGGAAGGGCUUCCUACAGAUUUGGCUCGGCCAUUAGCAGUUGGGAAUAGAGUCAUUGCCAUCCAUCCCAAAACACGAGAGAUUCAUGAUGGGAAGAUCCUCACUGUUGACCAUAGCCAAUGCAACGUUCUGUUCGACGACGUGGGCGUUGAGUUAGUUAAAGACAUUGAUUGUAUGCCUUUAAAUCCGUUGGAAUACAUGCCAGAGGGUCUGAGGAGGCAAGUUGAUAAGUGCUUGUCCAUAAAGAAAGAAGCACAGCUAAGUGGUGUGUCUGUUAUAUUCCCUCCAUGCGGACUUGAGAAUAUCGACUUCUCCAUGAAUCAAUCUCUGAACCAGGGUGAUAUGAUUGCUCCCAUUCUACAUGGUAAAGUGUUAACAAACACUAGUAGUAGCCCACAUCAGACCAAUCAGUCACAUAUCAUAAAUUAUAGCAAAGGGCGAGAAGCUGAGAUUCAACGAGUACUUGCACUACAGCAUGCUUUAGAUGAAAAGGAAAUGGAGCCUGAGAUGGUAGAGAUUGUCAAGGGUUCAAAAACAAGAGCACAAGCAAUGGUGGAUGCAGCUAUCAAGGCUGCAUCAUCUGUGAAGGAAGGAGAAGAUGCCAUCAAAAUGAUUCAAGAAGCCUUGGACAUGGUUGGCAAACAUCAGCCGUUGCGCAGCUCUGUGGUCAAACAUGAAGAGCAUGCAAACGGCGGCGUAGAGCAUCAUCAAAACCCAUCUCUCUCCUCAGACGCAUCAAAGCCUAUGGCUAACAACGAUUUCAUCUCGCAAGAUGGUUCAUCAGAGAAAAACGAGGUUCAAAUGCCUGCAGAGCUAAUCACAUCGUGUGUUGCCUCUUGGCUCAUGAUUCAGAUGUGCACAGAGAGGCAGUACCCUCCAGCUGAAGUGGCACAGCUUAUAGACACAGCAGUUACAAGCUUGCAGCCUCGAUGCCCCCAGAACCUACCGAUCUACAGAGAAAUCCAAAUGUGUAUGGGACGAAUCAAGACUCAAAUCCUCUCUCUAGUACCAAGUUGAAACGCCAACUCAUGGGGGUUAGUGUCUUUUUAGAAAAAUCCAUUCUCCUUUUAACUUAGAGUAGAUUAUGAUAGGGUGUUAAGAGUUCAUGGGAGCAUGAUAACAGCUUGACCAGAGGUAUAUUAAGUAGUGAACCAUUGGUUCUGUAACUUCAGCUGAUGUUUAUGGUUUUUAUUAUAAUUUUCCAUAAAAGUCUUUUUCGCCA